AACAAGACAUGACUGAAUUAUCAGUCUAUGUCGUACUACAAAAUCUUCUCCAACAAACCAAAAAACUAAUUCAAGAUUACGUAGCUGGAAAAGUUGCUCCUCAUAAAAAAUUACGCGGCAGCGUCUACAUUAUUGAUAAGAUACCUAAAAGUCUUUCCGGAAAAUUUUUGAGAAAAGAUUUGAGAGAACACAUUUAA